AACUUCCAGCAAGAUCUUUCUCAAUCCCAGGAUGUAGUGGUUCCAGGACCAGGCAAGAGAAAGAGAGACCAAGCAGAGGAGGAGCCCAAGGGAAUCCCAAGCCGCAGCCUUCGACGGACCAAACCUAACCAAGAGUCCACAGCCCCCAAAGUACUCUUCACAGGAGUGGUGGAUGCCCGUGGAGAGCGGGCAGUGCUGGCCCUGGGAGGGAGUCUGGCCAGCUCAGUGGCAGAGGCUUCCCACUUGGUGACUGAUCGAGUCCGACGCACAGUCAAGUUCCUCUGUGCCCUGGGGCGGGGGAUCCCCAUCCUUUCCUUGGACUGGCUGCACCAGUCCCGCAAGGCUGGUUGCUUCUUGCCCCCGGAUGAAUAUGUGGUGACUGAUCCUGAGCAGGAGAAGAACUUUGGCUUCAGCCUUCGAGAUGCCCUGAGCCGGGCUCGGGAGCGAAGGUUGCUGGAGGGCUAUGAAAUCCACGUGACCCCAGGAGUCCAGCCACCACCACCUCAGAUGGGAGAGAUCAUCAGCUGCUGUGGAGGCACUGUUCUACCCAGCAUGCCCCGGUCCUAUAAGCCACAGAGAAUUGUGAUUACAUGCUCCCAGGACUUCCCUCGAUGCUCUAUUCCAUUUCGGGUUGGCCUGCCCAUCCUCUCACCUGAGUUCCUGCUGACAGGAGUGCUGAAGCAGGAGGCCAAGCCAGAGGCCUUCAUCCUCUCCACUUUGGAAAUGUCAUCCUCCUGAAAACAUCACCACAGUACUCUUUUCUCUCCCAGACCAGUAAAUAAAGUGUUAGAAAAGAUUUGGAAGAAAGAACCUAGGGCUUUAGAAAGGAUUGGGGUAUACUGACCUGAUUUGUCUUGGAACAUGGGUGGGGCUGAAACGGCUUAUGGGUAAACAAAAAGAUAGGGAGAGUUGGAGCCACUGAUUUCUUAAAGGGCCACUUAGAGUUGGGUAAUCCCAUACUCAGAUAUCUUAAGUGGCUACCCUUAGCAGGACUGAUGUCGUUACUGCUCUGUGGCACACACAGUGUCCUGCCUCUUGUUUGGAAGCCAUUUCUCUUCCUCUUUUACUGGGAUUCUUACUCGUCCUCUGAAAGAUAGUGGAAACAAUUUUAGUGUCAAGAACUUGAAGGGAUGCUUGCAGUGGGUAAUUUUGAGGUUGGAGUUGUGGAAUGCUCUAAAAUCUUUUCUUUUCACUCCAUCUUGAUAGAAGUGUUCUUUAGCUUUGACUUUGAGCAAAUCUCUACACUUUUCUGGCCUGCUUUCCCAGUGUUUAUAAAAUUAGAGCUUAGGUUUAACCUCUGAUAAAUAAAUAUUCACUCUGUGCCUUA